AUGCACUCAAAAGACUAUGAAAAUGUUUUUAUGAAGUAUGAAUCAUUCCGAAUUAAAAAGUUUAUUGCAGUGUAUAUUUCACCUGUAAUUCUCAUUGUUGGAACGACCGGGAAUAUCAUUUCUUUCUUCAUUUUGCGGAGGAAUAUGUUUCGGAUAUCUACAUAUUUUUACUUGGCUGUUCUUGCGAUAGCGGAUCUAAUUGUUUUACAGUUCGGUCUUCUCCGGGACUGGAUCGGACAGAUUUCCGGAUACGAUAUUCAAAAUGCCAGUGAUUUAUCCUGUAAGAUACUCGUGUGUCUGACCUAUCUGGGAAGCGACUUCUCAGUGUGGUUAAUUGUGGCCGUAACGACGGAACGCUUUAUCGCUGUCUGUUUCCCCCUCAAAGCGAGCGUUUUGUGUAGUGUUAACAAAGCACGAAGUAUCACGCUUUCUUUACUAUGUGCGUCUUUUUGCCUUAACUCCCACUUUUUAUGGACAGUUGAACUUUCAGAAGUGCAUUUGAAUUCGAGUGAUGUAGCAAAAUGCUCGCCUGGAAAUAAAUUCGACUUCUUCCUGACCGAGGUAUGGCCCUUAGUUGACGCAUUUACCUAUUCGUUCGUACCUACCUUCAUCUGCUCAGUGUUAAAUACUUUAAUCAUCCGAAGAGUAUUCAUUGCCAGAAAAUACCGCGGUCGUCUACAAAAAUGCAAUUCGGGAAGAAGCAAUUUACUUAACAAAUCCUUGCCAUCAGAAAGUACUAUAAAACUAACAAAGAUGCUCUUAGCUGUUUCUUUAACAUUUGUGUUGACUACCCUUCCCAACAGCAUUUGCAUUGUUGUUCAAAAUUACUGGAAGUUUGAUUAUAACAAGGACGUACUUCUCGGAAUUUCCAAUUUUGCUUUAGCGAGAACAAUAACGGAACAUCUGAUGUUCAUCAACCACUCCGUCAACUUUUUCCUGUACUGUGCCACAGGCAAAAAGUUUCGAAAGAGCAUGGAUCGAGCUCUCUGUAAACUGCGCCGAACAACGAAUCGUUCUUUUUCAGACAGCAACAUCCCUCAUUUGAUGAGCAGAGUGAGUUACACAACAGGCAGACUCAGUGUCAAUCUCGUCGUGUUUGAUUCCAAACUCUUGCAGAGAAGAACGACUAGACUUUAA